GUCUCAAGAUGCAUAAGUAUUUUUUAUUUUUAUCGUUAUUGUUUAUUUUUCAACUUCCUAUUUGUUUCAGCGAUUUUAUUGUUGCUGAUGCAAAAUUAAAGGAUGAAAAUGAAAUUAAGACUAAUUUUUGGUAUGAAAAUCUAGAAUACUGGAUGACCCGUCUCCCUCCAAAAUUGAAAAGAGUACCUAUAAUAUAUCUUGCAAUACCAGGUUCGCACAAUAGCAUGACUUAUACAAUACAAAAAAACAGCACCAUUGCAAGAGAUAAGUUUGUUGGAAUAAAGAGAAUUAUAAGUUUUUUCUCCAAAAACCCCAUAUUCAACUGGUCGGUUAAUCAAAACUCAAAUGUGACCGAUCAACUAAAUCAUGGCAUACGUUACUUGGAUUUGCGCGUUUAUGCAAACCGUAGCAGCAACGAAUUUUACUUUGUCCACGGACUGAAUGGAGAAGAAAUAACCGAACAUCUUCAAAGUAUUUCCGAUUGGCUUGACAAUCAUCAGAAGGAAAUUAUAAUCUUAGAUUUUCAACAUUUGUACAACUUCAACAGCACAAUUCAUGACGUACUUAUAAGAAAGAUCAAUGAUAUUUUCAAAGACAAGCUUGUUCCCAAAACGUCGAAGAUGAAAAAAUUGACCGUGCAAUUUUUGAAUUCCCAAAAUCAACAAGUAAUUGUUAUUUACCGUGAUCCAAAAGUUGAUGAUCAUGAAAACUUGUGGCCAGGUAACCUAUGGCCCAAUCCGUGGGGCAAUACCGCUGAAGCAAGUGAACUUUUAAAAUUUCUCGACGACGGAGUAACAACGCGUAACGAUACGGUCGGCUUUGUAUCACAGAUUAUUUUGACAGCUGGUCCAAUGUAUUUUGUGCACAGCAGAGAAAAAUUUUUAAGCAAUCUGCACGCCAGUUUAGGUGGGGAAAUGGAGAAAGUUUCAGACAAAUGGUUGAAAAAAAACUAUCCAGGAUUCGGUGGAAUGAACAUUGCUAUAACUGAUUUUGUAUCAGACCGUGAUUAUAAAUUUUGUAAAGACGUUAUACGAAAAAAUGAAAAAAUUAUUAGGCCAUCAAAACCAUAAUAAGUUUAAUUUAGCAAAUAUAAGGUUUUUGAUCUU